AUGGAUACUGCUAAUGCUGUUCAUGCAGCAGAUGCCCUCUUCUUCUCUCAGAGUGAGGAGUCGAACCAAGGUGAAGACUUCUCUUACGUGAGAUAUCAUUUACCGGCGACUGUCAAAUCCAUGGAAGGCCAUGUAUGGAAGCCACCGGGACAGGCAAAUCCCCAGCUUUGUGAGGAAACAGAGAUCGAUAGAAUAUAUGGAAGGAGGCUGCAAGAUGACAGAGGAACCAAUCUCCAAGAUGUCUCAUACUCUCGGCUCUCAUCAAUCCAAGGGCAGAAGCUGUCGCUUACUCUCGGUUCUCAUCAAUCCAAGGGUGAUCAGGACCUGUCCAUCAACAAUCUGUCCCCUAGUUAUACUGUUUUAAGAGGGGUGCCAAAGUGUUUAUGGAGGAGCCCCAUGGUUGAAGAUGCAGGUGGUGAUUUCCCUGUUCUUCCAAGUCCUCGUUGUGCCUGGAAUUCUCAUAAUUCUAUGUGGAGCUCUAAAUAUCUGAAGCCAGCACAAGAGCUGCUCAAUGAAUUUGCUUGUGCUGCCCGAGCUACAGGAUCUGGGCCAGAAGAGCUACCUAAGAUUAACAGGUUUACUGAACUGACUGAUCAAACCGGCAUGAGAUCUUUUCACCAGGAGAGCACAAACCCCCGGGAUAGGAACUCGAUUUGCUAUAAUUUAUGCUUAUCAGAAGAAGAAUCUGUUUCCAACAGAACCAAAAGCCUGCACGUUUUGUUGGAUGAGGUAUGUUUCCCAUCCCAUCUUCCUUAUUUUCCUCAUUUCGUAAUUUGGGCAUGCUUUGCUAAUCAAUCAGGUCUUAUCAUUCGAUGAUCCAUGACUGAGGAGGGGAUAGAUAGUAACUUGGAAAAUAAGAGCAAGAGGCUAUUAUUAUACAUGGAUUGAAAAUUUAGCACCUUUUCUCAUUGAAAAUAACUUUUCGGUAUUGCUAGGUCAUAAUGGUUUAAAUGAAUCAUGAUAAGGAUUGACGCUAACUUUGAAAAAUAGGAGUAAUAGAUCAUAAGUUAUGGAUUGAAGGGAUUGGAUUCUUACUGAUUCUUGAAUCUUCUCAGCUUGAUACCCGGUAUGAGAAAUACUGUCGUCAAAUUGAGGAGGUGAUCUCUUCGUUUGAGAUAGUUGCAGGCGUGGGAGCUGCAAAGUCAUAUAUUGUUCUUAUAAGCCAAGAAAUGUCCAGGCACUUCUCCAGUUUAAGGGAUACGAUAAUCACUCAGAUCAAUGCCUCAAGAGACCCCGUGUUUGAGGAUUCCAGUAGGAAGAACUUGAGCACUUCUCAUCAACCUAGCUUGUCCAAUCAGAAAGGCAACCAGAAAAUACGUCUCCAGAGGCUGGGCACAAUACAAGGCCAGAAAGUGUGGAGGCCUCUUCGAGGAUUGCCAGAGAGCUCUGUUACUGUUCUUCGAGCAUGGCUUUUCGAGCAUUUUCUCCAUCCGUAAGUAUCUGAUCUCAGACUCCAAUUCACUUGUCCGUUCUUGCGUCGUGACUCCCUCAAGUUGAUUCUAAUUUUGAAGCUAUCCAAGUGACGACGAGAAACACAUGCUGUCUUCGAGGACAGGCUUGACGAGGAACCAGGUAAUUUCUAGGGUUUCUGUUCUUCGUUUAGAGUGCAUCGGGUUUUGUGCUUGCUUCAUGCCUGCCUUUUGCAGAUUUCGAACUGGUUUAUCAACGCCAGGGUAAGGCUGUGGAAGCCGAUGAUUGAAGAAAUGUACAGAGAGGAAUUCACUGAGGAUUCUGACGACUCAAAGCCUUCCUCCUGA